CCUAGGUUUCAGGGUUGAACAAAGAUUUUGUUAUUUGUUGUUGUGCAUUGGAAUGGAAGAUCAUCAGGGGCAGCAUGAGGCAAGGCAAGGCCCCGAGAAGAGUGAAGCGGUUCGGUCAAGGUGGACUCCCAAACCGGAACAAAUCCUCAUCCUCGAAUCCAUCUUCAACAGUGGCAUGGUUAACCCUCCAAAGGACGAAACCGUCAGAAUAAGAAAGCUUCUUGAGAAAUUUGGCACCGUUGGUGAUGCCAAUGUCUUCUACUGGUUCCAGAACCGCCGCUCCAGAUCUCGCCGCCGCCAGCGACAGAUGAUGCAGCAAGCUGCUGCUGCUGUCACCACCGUCGUCGACCAGCCUCAGCCUGAGCCUCAGCUCCAUGCUCAGGCUCAGGCUCAGGCUCAGGCUCAGGCUCAGGCUCAGGCUCAGGCUCAGGCUCAGGCUGAGGCUGAGGCUCUGAUCGGUGGUGCAAUUCCACAUGAUCACACUCAGACUCAGCUCAACCUUGUUGCAACUCAAAGUGCUAGUUCAACCUUGGGGUUUGGUUCUUCUCCUUCUUAUGAUCUCCUUGGUUCCUCUUCUUCACAAGGCAUCGAGGGUUUCUUUUCAGUUUCUUCUCCUCAUAUGCCUUUCCCUGACAUAAUUGACCACACUUCACCUGCUUCAUCACUCUUGUACCCUCCUCUUGAUCCAAAUUUGAGCUACCAGCCUGGAUACGGGAGCACUAAUAUUUCAGGAUUCAUCACAGUGUUCAUCAAUGGGAUUGCAACUGAACUUCCAAAGGGACCAAUAGACUUCAAAUCAGUGUUUGGAAAUGAUGUAAUGUUAGUUCAUUCCUCUGGAAUUCCAGUUCCCAUAAAUGAAUUUGGGUUCUUGAUGCAGUCACUGCAGCAUGGCGAAAGCUACUUUCUGGUAUCAAAGCAAACACAAGUAUGAACACAUCAGCCUGUAGCAGCAAUGGAAGCUUCCUUUUCAUGUUUAUCAGAUUGCCUUUAAUUGUCUGCUCCUCUUGUGUUCUUUUAACUUUUAAUUACUAAUUUCGUAUAUCUCUCGAAUAAUAGACAUAAUCUAUUGUGUGAUUAUAGAAGUCAAUAUCCAUAUAUGUACCUUA